CGUUUUCAGUGCGCGUCGAAUGUGUCACGUUUGUAAGAAGUUUUUGUUUUAAUUGAAAAUGGGUAAAAGGAAGUGCAGAACCGAAUUAAAAUCUUUAAAAAAAAAGGUGAAACGACUUUAGGAUACUUUGGCUGCCCUUCAAGAAAUUUUGAAAAAAAGAAACUUUUAAGGGAUUCGAAGAAGGCAUUCAUGAGUCAGCCACCCUGGGGAUAAGGCUUAAGCUACAAAGGGACAAAACGUAGUCGGCGACAGAAUUGCAACACCACACCUAACCUCACCUCAAUUUUCACCUGCUUGUUGACAAGGAGAUGCUGAGGGGCCGGCCACAUCCCGACAACCAACCCAAUCUAACACAACCCAACCCGAACCAACUUAGCCAACCCAAUAAUCAGGAAAAUUACAAUAGGAGGAAGCAAAGGAGAAAGAACUGGGGAAGGAAAAAAAUUCAACGCCACCGUGAACAUUCAGUUCUACAUAAACAGAAAAUCUUAUUGUCGGCUGUAACAUAUGCCAUGGCCUCUGCCGUACUAAAGCACACAACAAUGGAGGAGGCUACAGGAGGGACUGUGGUCGAGGCAACGGAAGAGAAGAGGGUAGAAUAAAUUUUAAAAUUAAGUCGGUAGGAUAGGUUGUUUUGUUUUGAUUUAUUUUAAUUAAAAAAAUAUCAAAUAUAUA